GUCUUUUUUGAUUUGUACAUUUUAUUGAUCUCAUCUUCUCAUUGCAUUGCUUUUCAACGUAGAGGCAGAACUAUGGCGGUUUGAACAAGCAAAGACAGGCCGCUAAAGUCAUAUCCAGCUCCUCUAUUCGCCUUUCCGUACCGAACUCGCCCUCUUCUCCAAGCUCUUCUAGGCCCAGCAGAGCACAAUGCCUUCUGGACCUCCGGGUACCGUUCAAGGUCCUGGAGAAAUAUCUUUCCACCCCCUCUCCGAAAAUCCCUCCUCAUCUCAUCACCUGAUCUAUUUCAUCACUGGAAACCCCGGCUUGAUAUCCUACUACCACACUUUCUUCCAAACCCUCCACGGCCUCCUCAGCUCAUCCUCUACCUCAACCUCAAACAUCUACCACAUCCACGGCCAAUCCCUUGCCGGUUUCGAAGACGAGGCGACAAACCCUCUUAUUACAACACCCUACAGCCUUUCAGACCAAAUCUCGUUAUCCCUCAGUACCCUCCAAGACCUCCGGAUCCCCGCAGGGCCCAAGAAAUCCCAACCCUACACAAGCGUCAUCCUAAUCGGCCACUCAGUCGGCUCCUACAUCCUGCUCGAACUCAUCAACCGCCUGCGGAAACCCUCCUCUCCCCUCAACAUCAAAGCCGGGAUCCUGCUCUUCCCAACAGUAACACACAUAGCGCAAUCCCCCAGCGGCGUCAAAAUCAGCACUCUUUUCAAAAUCCCGGACUUCCCUAGGAGAGCGAGUUUUGUGGCCAGGAACUUGGUGAGUCUGGUGCCGAGAGCUGCGUUGAGGUGGUUGGUGGGCCUGGUGACGGGGAUGCCGGAUGAAGCUGCGGAGAUCACGACGGGGUUCUUGAGAAGUCGGAUGGGGAUUUGGCAGGCUUUGCAUAUGGCGAGGGAUGAGAUGGAGCAGAUUACGGAGGAUAGGUGGGAUGAGAAUAUUUGGGGUGUGGAGCAUGAAGAUGUUGAUCAUAAGUAUCGAGUCCCGAAGUUAAUAUUCUACUUUGGAGAAAAGGAUCAUUGGGUUGCGGACCAUACUCGAGAUGCGUUGAUUGCUGCUAGAGGACGAGGAGAGGAAGAAACGAAGAGCUCGAAGCCGAUUAUGCUGAUUGAUGAGAAUGGCGUAGAUCAUGGGUUUUGCAUUAGACACAGCGAGAGCAUUGCUAAGAAGGUCAAGGUGUGGAUAGAUGAUAUUAUGUGAGAAUAAAAAUCGAAGCUGUAAAUGUUAAGGUGUUCCAAACCGUGUUGGGACAAUGGUCGAACAGGACUUCAAACGUUCCAGAACCUAUGGUACACUCUCAUAAAGAUCA